AUGUAUGUGAAAUGCUUUGAUACAGUAAUGUUUUACUAUGUUAUUGUAGUGAUUUUAGUGAAUGUCACUUUUUGUCAUUUUCAAAUUUCCCGCCAUUCCGUCCCCGUACACCCCGACGCUCGCAGAGGACGGAGCCCAGAUGACAGAUGCUGGCAUCCGCCAGAUUACAUUGCCGGGGACACUGCAGGAGGGACAUCGCGGGAGCGCAGGACAAGGUAAGUGACCGAGGGAUCGCGGAGCAGAGCCGCAUGGCAUUCCCGAGUGUAGUUCGGGGUUACCGCUUGUGCUACACUCGGGAAUACCGCCAGGGAGGUUAAG